GAAGAGAGAGAAAAAAACCAAGUUUAAAAAUCAUGAUACACGUGAUUAAAUGAAAAGGGAAUCUUUUUCGCCGCUAAUCACUAUCUUGGUGUAAAAAGUGCGUGCGUUUCGUGUUAGGAGCGUUUCUAGUCACAUUUAUGUGGGGACCUUCUCAGUCGGCAUGCAUAUGACAGUUUCAUAUAUAAAGCCAUAACAUCAUUCUAAAACCCACUCCAAAUCUUCGUUUGUUCUCUCUUCAAUCUUCAUCAUCAUCCUUCAGUCUCUUGGUUUUUCUUGGUUUUUUGGUAAUUUGAGUUCCAAACCCUAAAUUACCAUGAGAAACUGCAAUCUGGAGCUUCAGCAUCCUUCUGCUGAUUCACGCUUCCCCAACCCUAAUGAAACCCAGCACCAAGAACAAAAGCAGCGGCUGACCAUUUUCUACAACGGAAUGGUGUGCGUUUACAGAGCUUCAGGUACCGUUUUGCAGGCCAGAUUCAUCCUUUUUCUUGCAAACAAAGAAAUGGAGGAAAAGGUAAAUAGUCUAUUUACUCCUCAAAGUGGAUCAGCAGAACCACCUUCACCAAAUGUGAUGUCUCCGCUGUGUAGCCCCGUUGCUGGUAUGUCUAUGAAGAAAUCACUCCAAAGGUUUUUGCAGAAGAGAAAGCAUCGGACUCAAGCAACAUCUCCAUUCCAUCACUAGGAAUGGCACUAGAAUGUAUUAUUUAUGGCCACUUAAUAAAUCUGAUUGGUAUUUUUUUGUUUUUGCUUAGAGGUUGAUCAUCGAUUUAUGAGAGCAUUUUGUAAAUUGGUUAAUUUUAAGCACUUCAAAUCAUCAUGUGGGAGACAUCAUAUGUUUGUUGUUUUUUGUUUAUUUAGGUCUUUGUUGUCAUAUGGUGUUAUUUUGCUAUCGAAUUAUGACAUGACUUUUUUUGUUC